AUGUUUCUGACAACUCAUGGCUUGGAACAAUGGUGGCCAAGUGAUGCAAAUUUUCAGCAAACUAUCCAAGAUAGUAACCUCAUAAGCAGGAAAAUUCGAUCUUUAUACACCGAAACAUCUUGGGAAGUAACACAAAGAUUAAAUCCUUUAACUUCACAUCCCAUUUGUUUCGGUAAUAUUGGAGAAAAAGAAGAAUUUGCAUGGAAAUGGAAUAUUGUUAAAUCUGCAAUUCUUUCAAAUAGUGAAACUCAGGCGAGCAAUGAUUACAAUAGCAAUACACCAUAUGUACCAUUGAAGAGUUGGAUGCCUCCAUUAUUAAGCUUCAAGGAUGCUAGUUUUGCUGUGGUAAAAAAGGCUUCUCCUAUGUUGAAUCUGUCUUUUGUUUCACCGGUCACGAGUCAUGGAAAUAAUGAAGAAAAGGACAAUUUUGUUUCGAGUAGUGAAACUCAAGUGAGUAGUGAAACUCAAGUGAGCAAUGAUUCAAACAAGACUUCAUGUGAAGGCUUGAAGAAUUGGAUACCUUCAUUAUCUGGCAUGAAAGAUGCUGCUUUAGGGAUAGGAAAAUUGGUUCCGUAUCUGUAUGCUAACAAGAGUGAUGUUGGCAUAGGAGAGAAGAUUGUUGACAAGGAAAACAAGGGUCCUUUGCAAUAA